UGGCACGAUUGCUCAUAUCUAACCAUGACAGAUUUAUAAUUAACAAUCUCCUUUAUACAUAGUAGGUUACCAUGGACCUAGAUACGCCAGUGUUAGCCACGCCAAUCGUUCGGUCGGCUACCAGCGUGCAACGCACCGGGCCUACCCCAACCGGGCCUACCGAGCUGCAGUUGCAACAGCACCGGCAACAGGCAAUCGUUCAUCACGGGGGAUAUUUAGAGGAAUGCGACCGUUACAACGACAGCAAGUGGCCCAGGCACAUGCGCACUGUCUAAACUGCCUAUCGCAGACGCAUAGGCAUCAAAAGUGUGGGUCGAGGGGUUUAUGCCAAAUCUGCAACAGACCACAUCACACGCUGCUUCAUCGAACCGCGAUGCGCGAUGUGAAUCGGUCACCUAUACCUCGCAGCCACGCAACAAGGCAUCAACCCGGAAGUCGAGCAGUGCAUCAGCGGGAUGUCUAAAUGAGUCUCAGACCCCCUCACAAUAUUACACUCCCACACCACACACAUUACAUACACCACAUCGUCAUUCACCACCACAUCUUAACUACACACCACAUCAUCAUUACAUUCCACAUCACACGCACACAAAUACUACAACAUCACGAUUUCAACAUACCCAACAAAGGAACAAAAGGGACGGACGCAAGCAUCAAGCCUCGCUUAAAUCCCGCAUCUAACCGCUUAUCCAUUUUCGUUGCGCAUAUUAAUUUUUUCCAUACAAGAAGCAGUUCAAAAAACUGCCCAAUACCGCAGAAAGAAAAGGGACAACUACAUCUAGAACUCAUUCUUCUGAAAUCAUUUGCUGGUAAAACUAACAUUGAUGAAAAAACUUUAGAGCUAUUGCAAAGCCUUCCCGAUGUAAAAUAAAUAACGUCACUGCUGACAAUCAUAACUUCGAAGGUGUAGAUAAUUUCGUCUAUUUUGGAAC